AUGGGUGUAAAAACGGAAUUUCGGGCCUCUGAACCGAUUUCGGAUCAAGAGAAAACUCAAAUCAAUUCGGUUCGUGCAAUGCUCCAAGAGAGACUUCCAAGCGGAAUACCUGAUGACGUCAACACUGAUUUGAAUCUGUGUCGUUGGUUGAGAGGAUAUCAUGGUGACAUGGAAAGGAUUGUCAAGAACUUUGCCACUUAUUUGGCAUCAAGGAAAGCAGCUGGAUUCGUUGGAGACGAUUUCGCUGAGAAAUUUUUCGAUCUGCCGGAUAUUGAGCCAUUCCUUCAAUAUAUUGCUUCAUCAAGACUUCAAGAUCGUCAGUGGUCGGAUGAACAUAACGCAUUUUUAUUUGUGGAAAGAGCAUGGUCUCAACCGAAAGAGUUCAUCAAAACGUUCAAAACAAGUGACUAUCUUCUUCACUGCUUUGGUUAUUCUGAAAUGCUUCAACAAUUGAUUUUGAGAAGAGAAAAGAAGCAAUCUUCUGACAAAGGACCCGUUCAAUUCAUCGUUAUAUUCGAUCUCAACACUGUCAAUAUCACUGAUUACGUGAAUCCAAUGUCCGGUUACAUGAAACUGUGGCAAAUCAGAAGUGAAUUGUGGCAGGAUUGGUAUCCAGAGAUGGUUCAAAGAAUCUAUUUGACCAAUCCACCUCGCUUGUUAGGACUUCUUUGGAAGGUUGCACGAGUAUUUUUAUCGGAAGAAAAUCUGAAAAGAAUUGAAAUUAUCUCUCAUACACCUGAUUUGUCAGCGAAGUUCCUGCCCCCGUGGUUAGUCCCAAAAGAGUACGGGGGUGAAUUCGUGAAUACAAUCCCACCUGGAGAUGAAACGGGAGUUUCUAUUCGUCGUAAAAUCUCUCCAACUGACUAUUAUAAACCGUAUCAACACUAUGUAAAAAAUGGAAUCGAUCGUCCGAAACCAAGUCAUAAAGAUGUUUCUCCAGCGGAAAAGUUCGUAUUCAAGAUUCAUGUUCCGAAAGGAAAGAAACUUUUGUGGGAUUUCACUGCAAGUGGAGAAGUUCAAUUUGCCAUUUACAGAGGAAAUAAUCGCAACGAUCUCGUUUUCCCCAGUUUCCAUCUCAUUACGAAUAAACUCAACGAAGAAGGAACAUUGAAUGAUGUCUCAGACUCUGAAAUUUCCUUUGAAUUCCAGAAUCUUUCAGGAUAUUUCACUCUGAAGCUGGAGUAUACUGUAGCCAUUCUUUGA